AUGGCCCCCAAACGCCAGUCUCCACUCCUACCUCAAAAGAAGAAACCAAGACCACCUCCUGCUCUGGGACUGGAGAAGACAUCAGCCUUUGCAGGCUUGCCGAAGAAGGGAGAAAAAGAACAGCAAGAAACAAUUGAACACAUUCAUGAAGUACAAAAUGAAAUGGACAGACUUAAUGAACAAGCCAGUGAGGAGAUUUGAAAGUAGAACAGAAAUAUAACAAACUCUGCCCACCAUUUUUUUCAGAAGAGGUCAGAAUUGAUCUCCAAAAUCCCAGAUUUUUGGGUAACAAUAUUUGUCAAUCAUCCAGAAGUGUCUGCACUGCCUGGGGAGGAGGACGAAGAGGCACUGCAUUAUUUGACCAGAGUUGAAAUGACAGACUUUGAUAUUAAAUCAGGUUACAGAAUAGAUUUUUAUUUUGAUGAAAAUCCUUACUUUGAAAAUAACAUUCUCUCCAAAGAAUUUCAUCGGAAUGAGAGUGGUGAUCCAUCUUCAAAGUCCACUGAAAUCAAAUGGAAAUAUGGAAAGGAUUUGAUGAAACGUUCAAGUCAAACGCAGAAUAAAGCUCACAGGAAGAGGCAGCAUGAGGAACUAGAGAGCUUCUUUACCUGGUUUACUGACCAUUCUGAUGUUGGUGCUGAUGAGUUAGGAGAGGUCAUCAAAGAUGAUAUUUGGCCAAAUCCAUUACAGUACUACUUGGUUCCUGAUAUGGAUAAUGAAGAAGGAGAAGAAGAUGACGAUGAUGAUGAAGAGGAGGAAGGAUUAGAAGAUAUUGAUGAAGAAGGGGAUGAGGAUGAAGGUGAAGAAGAUGAAGAUGAAGGGGAGAAAGGAGAGGAGGAUGAAGGAGAAAAUGACUAA